AUGUCCACCGUCUCGCGCGCCGUGCGGUUCCGUCCGUGCAUCGACAUACACAACGGCAAAGUGAAACAGAUCGUCGGGAGCACGCUCAGGGACGGCACGCGACCUGGAGACGCCGCCUCGGAGACGCCGGCGACGAAUUUCGAGACCGAGAUCCCGAGCACGGCGUACGCCGAGAUGUACAAGAGAGAUGGAAUCUACGGUGGCCACGCCAUACUGCUGAGCAAGGACGAGGCGACGACAAGAGCGGCGAUGGAGGCGACGCGCGCUUUCCCGGGCGGGUUACAAAUCGGCGGCGGCGUAAACCCGUCCAACGCGAAGCAGUUCCUCGACGCCGGUGCGUCGCACGUAAUCGUCACUAGCUACGUGUUUCGGGACGGCAUGCUGAACGAAGACGCUCUGAGCGAGAUGGUGCGCGCCGUGGGCCCCGAUAAACUCGUCCUCGACUUGAGCUGCCGCCUAGACGCGUCCGACGGCCAAUACAAGGUCGUCACCGAUAGAUGGCAAAAGUGGACCGACUUAGCGGUAGACAGUGCUACGCUGGAGCGAUUAGCAAAGUGUUGCGACGAGUUCUUAGUGCACGGCGUGGACGUGGAGGGCAUGAAGCUCGGAAUUGAUUUGAAGCUCGUCGAGCUUCUCGGAGCUUUCUGUCCUAUCCCCGUGACAUACGCAGGGGGGGCUCGAAGCUUGGAAGAUCUUGAGCUCGUCAAGGCAUCUGGACGAGGUGUGGUAGAUAUCACGGUAGGCUCUGCCUUGGAUUGUUUCGGUGGGGCACUAAAGUACGACGAUGUUGUCGCCUGGCACAACGCGCAGAAGGAACUCGUCGUCGAACAGAAGUAA